AUGGAGAAAAGCACCAAGCUUCCUCUGCUGGAACUGGCUUUUAAUGACAGCGACUGGGAUGAGUUUUUGUUCGUGGUGUCAGACUACACAAAUACGGACCAUUGGUUUGAGCCGACAACAGAGACCAUUCUCGUCACGGCAUACAGUGUUAUCAUUCUCCUUGGAAUUCUCACCAAUGUCGUCUUCAUCACUGUUAUUGUGAAGACGAAAAAAGUUCUGAAGACCCGCAAUUUGCUCUUCAUGAACUUGGCAGUCUCUGACUUGGUGAUGUGUGGAUUUUGCAUUCCGUUUACAGUGGUCAAGUUAACGCGAAAAUCCUGGAGUCUCGGUGAAGCAUUGUGCAGACUCAUACCAAUGUUACAAGCUGUUGACGUCUUUAUUUUUUCUUUUACGAUUAUCGCCAUAUCCUGUGACCGCUACAGUGCAAUUGUCCACGCCACAGAGAACCUGAAAAGGGUUUCCUCUAUGAUGCCCGCGUUGAUCGUAAUCUGGAUAUCAUCGUUCGGACUGGCCGUGCCAAUUGCCAUUUUUUCAACGGUAGUAAAAGCCGAGUACUUGGGAAACGUUGUGUCCUACCAGAUCUGUAUGGAACACUGGCCGUCCGCUAUGUCCCGUGCGCUGUAUACCCUCGUGUCUACACUCAUCCAGUUUGCAGUCCCCUUGGCAAUAAUGAUCCCUCUGCACACCAAGAUCUGCCGGUUCUUGAAAUCUCGGAUGGAGUACAAGUCUCAAUCUCCGGUAGACGCGGAGCGAAUGGCAAAGAAAGAAGCUCGCUAUCGGUCAACCAUGAAGCUCCUGACAGCGGUUGUCCUCGCCUUUCUCCUCAGCUGGGUUCCUCUUUCUGUCGUCAACAUUAUGGCUGAUUUCAACUAUAUGAUUUUCACGCAUAUGAACUUUAACGCUCUGUACGUCACUUGCCACAUGAUAGCCAUGGCUUCGGUGUUCGUCAACCCACUGCUCUACGGGUGGUUCAACACCAAUUUCCAAAGGCAACUCAGAGGUAUUUUGUUUUCAGGAUCCAAAGAACUUUCCGAAAAAGACGGACUUCUCAAUACCUCUGCUUUUAAGGGUUCCAGUGUGAACAAAAUCAAAUCCGGAAUAACAAAUUAA